AGUUUUCACCGGCGAGUUUUUAUCCUCUCUUCUACGAGCUAACAAAUUAGAAGAAGAGGAAGUUAAAACAGAGAAACGACGCCGUUUUCUUUUUCUUCCAAAUUCCGGUGAUCUGAAAAUGACGUCGGGGACUAGAACGCCGACUUGGAAAGAGAGAGAGAACAACAAACGACGAGAGCGGCGAAGACGCGCGAUUGCGGCUAAGAUCUUCGCAGGAUUAAGGAUUCAUGGAAACUUCAAGCUCCCUAAACACUGCGACAACAAUGAAGUCCUCAAAGCCUUAUGCAAUGAAGCUGGCUGGACUGUAGAAGACGACGGAACUACUUACCGCAAGGGAUGCAAACCAAUGGAUCGAAUGGAACUCAUGAAUGGUUCUACUUCAGCGAGUCCAUGUUCAUCGUAUCAACAUAGCCCUCGUGCUUCCUACAAUCCAAGCCCUUCAUCUUCAUCAUUCCCGAGUCCUACAAACCCAUUUGGUGAUGCUAACUCACUAAUCCCAUGGCUCAAGAACCUCUCUUCAAACUCACCUUCCAAGCUUCCGUUCUUUCAUGGAAAUUCGAUAAGCGCUCCCGUGACUCCACCAUUGGCUCGAAGCCCUACUCGUGAUCAAGUAACCAUUCCCGACUCUGGAUGGCUCUCUGGAAUGCAAACUCCACAGAGCGGACCGUCUUCUCCUACUUUCAGUUUAGUUUCAAGAAACCCGUUUUUCGACAAAGAGGCUUUUAAAAUGGGAGAUUGUAAUUCACCAAUGUGGACUCCUGGACAAAGUGGAAACUGCUCUCCAGCUAUUCCUGCUGGUGUUGAUCAAAACUCUGAUGUGCCAAUGGCUGAUGGAAUGGCGGCUGAGUUUGCGUUUGGUUGUAACGCAAUCGCUGCGAUUGGAAUGGUGAAGCCUUGGGAAGGAGAAAGGAUACAUGGAGAAUGUGUUUCAGAUGAUUUAGAACUUACACUUGGAAACUCAAGAACCAGAUGAUGAUUUCAGAGAAGAAUCAAAGUCCUUUGCUAUC